AUGGAUAAAGAGAUUUUGAAAAAACGUUCAGAAGAGGCGCGUUCAAAAAGAAAGUUGAUUUUAAAUCAAAGACGUCCUAGCAAAAUCAGGAGCUUUACUGAAAUUGAAAAUCUGCGUCAUCAUGCCAAUGAUGAGACAAGUAGACACUCAAUGACAACACCUGUGUCAUAUUAUUCUAAGGAGCAAGAAACUUCAUUUAUCAAUCGUAACACAUCUGCUACAAUGUUUGGACGAUCUUUGAAAUCGAGUAGACAGAUUAUUGGAGAAAACCAUCAUGUCAGGGAACCAGAAUUUCAUUCUACCACUCAUCUUGAGGAAGUUGAAGGAAGAGGAGUGUGUUCUUUGACUGCAAAGAAGAUGUCAUUUCCAUCAGUACCGAGUGAUGGCUUUCUCACAAAUCCUAUUCCCAAUCUUCCAACAAUUCACAGUCCGAUGUUAAUACCCUCAAUAGGUAUCAACUCCCCAGAUGUAAUCAUCAGACGGGCAGCAAUGUAUCAGGAUUACAUGCAGCAGAUCCCAAUCCCGUGUAAUCGAGGCUCUGUCAUCCCAUUUGCUUCAUGGAUGGGAUUAGGCACAUCCAUUAAGAAGCUAUAUGGACAACCACUUCAUUACCUUACAAAUACUUUGCUUAAGCAAUGGGACCAAAUGAGAAUUGGAAGCGAUGAUGAGUAUAUGCGCUUAGAUGACAUAAUUCAUCCAUGCAAAGCUGAGGCCACCGUCUGGCUCAUGGAACAAGUCCAUCGCCAAGUCUCGUCGCAUAUUCAUAUUGCUAAUCUCUGGAAGAAGGACCCAACGCACAAUGGUUAUGUUGAUUCCAUUUUCUCAACUUUACAGCAUACAUCAUGA